AUGGAGUCAUCAGACACAAAAAUGCGCCCCGUGUAUAUACCACAGCUUAUAAUUGUGUUAGUGCACGGUAAUAACGGCUCAGCCGCUGACUUUGAUGCAGUCGAGUCCGCACUAGUGACCAAGUUUGGUGAAGGCAAGAUACUCAUCAUCAAGUCGGAAGCCAACGAACUAAACACGUCAGUAGGCGUUGAGGCUGGUGGUACAAGGCUUGCGAAGGAGGUGAUUGAGACUGUAUUAGGGCAUGAGUUGUGCCCUGAUGUAGAAAGCUACAAAAUGUCCAUUGUCGGGCACUCUUUAGGUGGACUCUACGCAAGAUACGCGCUCGUUCAAAUUAUGGACGCACUGAGAUUUUUGCACGUUGAAUACGUCGAUUUUGUGACCAUCUGCACACCUCAUUUGGGCUCGAGGAGGGCGAAAGGGCCAUCAACAGUGAAGGUUGGUCAUUAA